GUUGUCACCCUCCGGUGACUUGAAUGACUCUGACGACCGGUUUCGUUGAUGUUCUGACGUCAGUUUGCGCCAACAACAUGGGUAUAAAAGGGCUUUCCCAAGACGGGCGCUCGUGGAUCCUGGAGCUGUGCAAAGUUGUCACUUGACUGGAGGAGGUCAAGAUGCGCAUUUUGAGCUUCACCGCCAGCGUGGUCCUGCAGCUGACUUCCCUCAGCGUCCUGCACGCUUCAGGUGCUAAAUGGACGUACAGUGGACCAGAGGGAGAGCAACACUGGCCCAAGCAUUACCCUUUUUGUGGUGGUGCUUUCCAGUCUCCAAUAGACAUUAAGUCAGAGCUGAUGAGGUUUGAUCCAGCUUUACGUCCAAUUGAGGUUCAAAACUACAACCUGUCACCAAAUGAACAACUCACUCUUGGAAAUAAUGGACACUCUUUGCAAAUAUCUUUGCCCCCGAAGAUGUGCAUCUCCAGCUUGCAUCAUCGCUACACUGCAGCUCAGCUCCAUUUCCACUGGGGCUCCUCCAAUCGUCCUGCAGGAUCUGAACACACAGUGAAGAGUAGGCGGUAUGCAGCAGAGAUGCAUGUAGUACAUUACAAUUCAGACAAGUACCCCAACAUUUCCAUGGCUGUAGACAAAUCUGAUGGUUUGGCUGUGCUGGGUGUAUUGAUUGAGAUUGGGAAGUUUAAUCCUAACUAUGAACAGUUUCUGAAGUUUAUCAAUGGUAUCAAAUACAGAGAUCAUAAAGUGCAGGUGCCCGGUUUUAAUGUCAGAGCACUGCUACCAUCACAUUUGGAUGAAUAUUAUCGCUACGACGGGUCACUGACGACGCCUCCGUGCUAUCCGAGCGUGCUGUGGACAAUUUUCAGAAAUCAUCUCACCAUUUCUCAAAAACAGUUCAUGGCCCUAGCAACAGCACUCUACUCCUCCAAUGCCCAGGACUCAGUGGCUAUACCAAUGCAUAGCAACUUCAGGAAACCACAGCUGGUCGACAGCCGAGUUGUCCUGGUGUCUUUCAAGGAAGGCAGAGGACUGCAUGGUACUCUUACAGUCUCACCUCCAUUCAUGAGGAGGCAAGUUGUUCAACAACUGCUGGCUGGCGACCUGGCAGACUUGGCAGAUGAGGGGCUGUAUCAGCUCCUACCGAGUGGCUCACAGAUACUCCGAGCUGGCAAGAAGAAAGAUCCCAUGAGCCAGCAGAGUGUCAGUCUGGCCAAACCAAAACAACAAACUAAGAAUCCAUCUCUUUGGAAUAAAAGCCAGACUAACCACUAUCUGGGAAAGCUGGGAAUGGCUGAAAACACGCUUUGCUACACUUCACUGGAGCAGAGGGUUUUCUGUCAGCUCAAACAGUCCCACGCUAAGAAUGAGCUGGUCGAAACCCUCAGAGACACCAUUUACCCAGAACUCAACCUCAAUAGUUAUCUGGACUGUAAGUCAGACUUAGCUUUCUCCACCAUCAGACACAUUCUCAGCCGACGUCCAACUGAUGAGGCUUUGGAGUUGGAGCACUCCCUGACAAAAGCCUUGAUGAAAACAAGGAAGACUUUCAGGGCAACUAAAGAAGGGGGGUCAAGGACAAACCAUGGCAGCCAUUCCUCUGUUGUUCCUCAGAAACCUCUCAGCCAGCUUUAUCCACAUCCUUGGCUUUUGCCAAUGGAGUGGGAAGACUAGAGAGAUUCCGGACAUAGCUCUCACAGUCACUUUUGUAACCAAAAACAAUAGUGUCCACAAUGAAAGAUUAAUUUUGACUCUUUCUCCUCUCUAAACCCCCUUUUGCUCGAUGUUUUCAACAAUAAUUUAUUACGCACUCAGAUAUACAGGUCCUUCUCAAAAUAUUAGCAUAUUGUGAUAAAG